AUGAAGUCCUCCCUCAUCCUCCCCUUCGCCACCUUGGCCUCGGCCAUCUGCCACCACCGCACAUCCCUCUACACCCGAGGCCAGGGCCUCACGGCCCGCGCCGAAGGCGGCGUCGACGUCGCUACCUUCAAUUACAACGACAUCACGGGCCCCCUCAACUGGCACACUUACAGCAACGCGAGCACCACCUGCUCCACGGGCGUCCAGCAGAGUCCCAUCAACCUCAACGACACUUCGGCCACGCUCGUCUCCGGCAAGACCCUUGGGUUCGACGUGCCGGACCUCCCGCACGGCGCCGAGUUCGAGAACCUGGGCAGCACUCUCGAGGUGGUCGCGCCCAACGGCACGCUGACGAGGCGCGGGAGAAAGUUCAACCUGAAGCAGUUCCACUUCCACACGCCCAGUGAGCACCGCGUCGACAGCGAGUACUUCCCCAUGGAGGUGCACUUUGUCUUCCAGGCCGACGAGGAGCAACUGGGGAACUCCACGGGACCCGGUUACUCCGUACUCGGCUUCCUCAUCGAGGUCGACAACAGCGCCCCCUCGGAGUUCCUCAAGAGCGUCUUCGCGCGCGUCGACGAGGUCGCGGAGCCCGGCUCCGUCUCCGAGACGGAGCCCCUGAGCUUCUGCGAGCUCCGGACCGUGCUGGAGCACGCGGAGGUGUACCAGUACGACGGCUCGCUGACGACGCCGCCGUGCUCCGAGGGCAUCGCGUGGAACGUCGUCGCGGAGCCGCUGCGCAUCGACGACGUCACGUACCGCGCCGCCAAGAAGAUUAUGAAGUUCAACGCGCGCUACACCCAGAACGUCCCCGGCAAGAUGAACCUGCUGGACUACUCGAGGACCACGCUCAACGCGCUUUCCGCGUGA